AUGCCUCGUACCAAGGCUCCUCCUGCUGUACCGAGCACAUCCCUUGAAGGGUACACUGUCACCUUCGCCUCCUAUUCCGCGGGCUGUCAUAUAGACUUGACUUCGAAGACUAUCGCCCAAUUGAGAGCCCAAAUCGCCACUUGUGGUGGGUCUUAUACCUCAAAAAUAGCCCAGUGCACCCACCUUGUUGCUUCUCCAGCUCAAUAUGAGAAGAAACUCAAAGCAGUCAAGGAGGCCCUUCAACAGCCGAGUCUAAUCAUUGUCGAUUAUGAUUGGCUUGCGGAGUCUUUGAAAUCCACCUCUCCAGUUUCUGUCGAUGACUAUCUUCUGGACAAAUCGUCUGCCACUACGACUGGCGUCAGUGGCACCAACGGUGUGAAUGACAGCAACGGUGUUGAUGAGGAAAGCGAAUCUGACAGCAAAGUUCCCAGCGAUAUUCCAAAACCGAAUUUGAAGCGAAAGCGAGGUAAUGAUAAGGCUCCUGAUACUCAUCUGCCCACCCGAGUCUCGACUCAAAAACCUCCACCAAAACCGAAAGCAGCGCCUAAGAUUCCAGUCGAUGAGCAUCUAUCCAACGGUGAUGCAUACACAGUCUUCGUUGAUGAUGACGGCCUCGCAUGGGAUGCAACUUUGAAUCAAUCUAAUUCCAAUGCAAACAACAACAAGUUCUACAAAAUGCAACUCCUCGUUGAUCAUAAAGGCUCUUGUCGGUGUUGGACACGAUGGGGUCGUGUUGGUGAGAUUGGCCAGUCAAUGAUGCUUGGCGAUGGCGACAUGAAGACCGCCAUGGCUGCUUUCGAGAAAAAAUUCAAGGACAAGAACGGGAACAAAUGGGAAAACAGAGAUGGUCCCGCCAAGAGCGGUAAAUAUGUCUUCAUUGAGAUCAACUAUGCGGACUCGGAGGACGAAGAGGAAGAAGAGGAACCUCAGAAGAAGAAGGUGGCUGUCAAAGACGAAGAAGACGAAGCGGAGGAUGAGAUCGAUGACAUUCCCGUUCAAAGCACCCUGGACAAGCCUGUGCAGGAAUUGAUGAAGCUAAUCUUCGACCUCAAAUUAUUCGAUUCCACAAUGGCGUCACUCAACUACGACGCAAAGAAGAUGCCCCUGGGAAAACUGAGCAAGAAGACUCUUUUAAAAGGCUAUGAAGUCCUCAAAGAACUUGCUGCUCUCAUUGCAGACCCGAAUAUCGCAGUGGGAACUGGCACGACUUAUAGCCAGGCUGUUGCAGACCGAAGUAAUCUCUACUUCUCGCUUGUGCCCCACGUUUCAGGCCGCAGCCGUCUGCCAACCCUUGAUAACAUGGGUCUCAUUAAGAGAGAGAUUGAAGUUCUUGAGACAUUGACAGACAUGCAACUUGCCAAUGAAAUCAUGAAAACUGCCAAAGGUAAAAAGUCCAACGACAAGGUUCAUGUCCUCGACAGACAAUACCAAGGACUUGGGAUGCAAGAGAUGACUGCUUUGGAUGCCGGCACCAGAGAAUUCAAAGAGAUUGAGACAUACUUGAUGAAGACACACGGUUCGACGCACGGUUACUCUUACGAGGUUCAGGACAUCUUCCGAGUUGAACGCAUAGGUGAAGAUGCCCGUUUCCAAUGCUCAGAGUUCAGUGACAUGGGCGACAAGUCUGACCGCCGACUCCUAUGGCACGGAUCGCGCGUUACGAACUUCGGCGGUAUCCUCAGCCAGGGCCUGCGUAUUGCGCCACCUGAGGCCCCUGUCUCUGGCUACAUGUUUGGAAAAGGCGUCUAUCUAGCCGACAUGAGCAGUAAAUCUGCAGGAUAUUGUAGUUCAUACAGCUCCAAUGGUACGGGUCUCUUGCUGCUCUGCGAAGCCGAAUUGGGCACACCGCCGCUCAAGUUGAUGAACGCCGAUUAUAACGCGGGGAAUCGUGCCAAAGAUGAGGGAUGUAUCUCAACCUGGGGCGUGGGCCAAACUGCUCCUCUAGCGUGGAAGGAUGCUGGAGCCAUUCACAAGAGUCUGAAAGGAGUGACCAUGCCCGAUGUGUCUAAGAAAGCACCAGGUGCCACGAAGGAGACAGGCGCAUAUCUAUUCUACAAUGAGUACAUCGUCUAUGACAUCUCACAGAUCAAGUUGAGAUACCUCUUGAGAGUGAAGAUGUGA